GCACUCCAUUGUAUUUGUAACGAACUGGAGUUAUUAAGUUAUACUCAAGGUACAAUGGGGCCUAAACCCAUUAAUUCUAAACCUGUAGGUCAAACUAUAGGGAAAUACCAAUUAGGUGAAUGUCUUGGAAAAGGUGCUGUUAGUUCGGUAUAUAGAGCUUUGAAUUGGGAAACUGGAGAAGCUGUUGCUGUCAAACAGGUUAAGCUUAGUAGUAUAGCGAAAUCAGAAUUGACAUUUAUAAUGACCGAGAUUGAGUUAUUAAAGAACCUUAACCAUCCAAAUAUCGUAAAAUAUAAAGACUAUGUCAAAUCAAAAGAGCAUUUGAAUAUCAUCUUAGAAUUUUGCGAAAAUGGAUCUCUACAUAACAUUUGCAGAAAAUUCGGAAAGUUUCCUGAAAACCUCGUCGCUGUAUAUAUUAAACAAGUUUUGGAAGGUUUACGUUACUUACAUGAUCAAGGCGUUAUACAUCGAGAUAUUAAAGGUGCAAACAUCCUAGCAACUAAGGAAGGUCUUGUGAAACUUGCGGAUUUUGGAGUUGCAACGACGAAAAGUGAUGCGAAUGUUGUUGGUUCACCAUAUUGGAUGGCUCCUGAAAUAAUUGAAUUGUCAGGUGCAACAACUUCUUCAGAUAUUUGGAGUGUUGGGUGUGUAGUUGUUGAACUUUUGGAGGGAAAACCUCCAUAUCACCACCUCGAUCCUAUGCCUGCUCUUUUUCGAAUAGUUCAGGAUGAACAUCCUCCGUUGCCAGAAACUGCAUCACCUGUGGUUAAGGACUUUCUAAUGCAAUGCUUUCAAAAGGAUAGUAAUCUUAGAGUUUCAGCUAAAAAAUUACUUAAACAUCCUUGGAUAAUUAGUAUUCAAAAAAAGAGCGGUGACACUUUACAACAACCAAAAGUACCAACAGAAUAUGCAGAAGCUGUAAAAAGUGUACAAGAAUGGAAUGAGGCUUUAAAAAGUGCAAAAUUCAAGCCUUCAUCACCAUCUCAUCGGCGCAGAAGAAGCGAGUCUUUAAGAUUAACAGCUACUAUGCCGACAAAAUUAUCAAGGCAUCAAUUUCACCACAAUUCACCUUUUGGUAAUAAUAAUUCACCAUUAUUGUCUGCAUCUCCACCAAAAAUGCCAGAUUGCACACCGCAAGUCGAGAAUUGUGAUAUGCCUGAAGACGAAGGAGAUAAUUGGGACGAUGAUUUUGUGGAUUCAAUACCUUUCGCAAAAAUUGCGGAUAUACAAAGUAAACAAUCGAACCAUAAGUCAUCCGAUGAAGAUGAUGCACAAACAAUUCGGCCAAUUCUACUUAAAAAUGGACGAGAUAAAAGUAAAAAAUUAUUGGCGUCUCGUGAUGAUAAAGAUAAUAAACUAUUUGAGAAAAACCCUCUAGAUAGUAAAGAGGAUAAUAUUCAAAAGAAAACGCCACGAAAUAAAAGUUCCAAACAGCAGGAAAGGAUCCUUCGAGAAAAAAAACAUCAAGAAAUAGCCACAAAUAAUAAAGAACCAGAGAAAGAAAAAUUAGAGAGAAUUGCAGAUGAUGUAAUUGAGAAUAAGUCUGAAGAAAAGAAUAAUGGCUGGGAAUCCAUGCAGGAUACUGUUAUUCAUAUAAAAUUAAAAAAUUUAAACAAAUUAAAUAACAUAGAAGACACCAAAGUGUCGCUGGCCAAACCACCACUUGUUUCACCAACUGCCAAAUUCAUAGAUUCAUCAAAGAAUAAUAAAACUAGACCAGAAAAUCCAGCAUUAAAAUCGAUAAUUAAACAUCAUACUCGCGCUCAUAGUGCCAAUUCUAUACCAAGUCCAAUUAAUUCUUCUCAGAACGGAACAGAUGUCAGGGGCAGUAGACCACUCCCACCAUUGCCAACACACAAAUCGACAUCGUCGACGGUAUCUGCGACAGCAACCAGUCUACCAUCGAGAAGAACUAACUUGUUUCAGCCGGUGUCUCAGAUCGAAAUGUCUCCAAAUCAGCAAGCUUUUAAUAGAGUUCUUCCAAUAUUGUCCCCUGAGGGAAAUCAAGAAGAUUCACAAAAUUCAAAUGAAAUUCAACAAUAUUAUGAAUCAGAUGAUGAUGAUUAUAAUAAAGCAUUUGGUGAAGAUGAAGAAGACGGGUUUAAUAAUACGUUGAAAUUAAACACACUGCUUUCAAGUAAUAGCUGGCUUGGAAACGACAAUAGUGAUGAAGAUGACCCUUUUGCUGAGAUGGAGGAAAAUUUUGAUGAAAUGGAUAUAAAUGUACAUAUUGCCAGAGAUAAGUAUGCGCGCGCUUGUUCGCGAUUGGAAGAGCUAAUCAAUGCUUUACAUCCUAAUGAAAGCGAGGAUCGAUUGGUAAUCUCAUGUGUUCAGAUAAUUGAUUUAUUGACGGAACAUAAAGAGCUUAAAAACCAUUUUAUCAUCUUUCAUGGUGUAAUUCCAAUCAUAGAAAUGCUAGAAAUAUGUUCAUAUGCAAGCGUUCUUUCAAGAUUACUCAAAAUAGUUAAUAUUAUUAUUGCAAGUAACAUUAAUCUUCAAGAGAAUCUCUGUCUUGUGGGUGGAAUACCCGUUAUUAUGAACUUUACUUCGAAACGAUAUCCUUAUGAAAUUCGUGUAGAAGCUGCAAUAUUUAUACGUCAGAUUUGUCAUACUUCACCUGUUAUUCUUCAAAUGUUUAUUUCUUGUCGAGGUUUAAAAGUUCUUGUCGAAUUUUUACAAGAGGAUUAUACCGAACAUAAGGAAUUAGUAUGGAUAGCGGUGAAUGGAAUAUAUGGAGUAUUUGAACUCCAGAGUCCAACUCCAAAAAAUGAUUUUUGUAGAUUACUGGCGAAAAAUGGAUUAUUGGACCCAUUAGCUGUCAUGCUUCAUCACGUAAUUUCGGAUAAGGAUCCAUCGGCUGGUGUAUAUGUAGAGAGAAUCGUUAAUAUAUUUUUAAUGUUCUCACAGGGUGAUGCAUAUGUUAAAGAAGUCAUGGCAACACGGACAAGGAUUGUCACUAAAAUAUUUGAUAAUUUGGACAAAUUACCACCAAACCUUAUUGUAGCGAUGCUUAAAUGUAUAAAGAAUAUUUCAAUGAAUUCAAAUACUUUAGAAGCUUUACAAAAAGCAAAAGCAAUUCAAGUUCUUACUGCAAUCUUAGACAAACAAGGACCACCUUAUGUGACUGAAAUUUCAAAUCAAGUACUUAACACAAUGUUUAAUCUUUGUCGAAUUAAUAAAUCAAGACAAGAAGAAGCUGCCAAGGUUGGAAUUAUUCCCCAUUUAAAAUAUUUUGCAUCUAACAAAACACCUCUUAAGCAGUUUGCAUUACCAAUACUUUGUGACAUGGCCCAUACUGGACAAGUUUGUAGAGAUUUGUUAUGGAAGCAUAAUAUUUUACAACUUUAUCUUGAUUUAUUAGUUGAUCCUUUCUAUCAGGUGAAUGCUUUAGAAGCUAUUCUUGCAUGGAUCCAAGAAGAAACAUCAAAAGUUGAAUCCGUACUUCUUUUACCCAAAAAUAUUGAACUUAUUUUGGAAGCGUUCAUUAUGGCUAAGGCGAAUUCAUUUGAGAAUAUCCUGGAACCAUUGCAUAUAAUUACUCAAUUAUCAACAUCUAUCGCCUUUGCACUUGCACAGCCAAAAUUCUUUAAGCGUCUAUUACACCGACUUGGACAUCCAAAACCUGUCGUAAGACUAAAUUUAUUAAGAAUAUUAAGAUCUAUAUGUGAUGUACACCCACAGCGUGAAGCUAUAGCUGAACGAUAUGGAUUAUUUGAGAUCACUUCUCGUAUGAGCAGAGAAGAUCCUGCUGUGUUAAUACGAGAACUUGCAAGAGAGAUUUUAUCCCAAGGAUACUUUUCUACUUCAAUAACAAAGAAAAACUCUAAUAAUGAAAUAGCAACUAACAAAAAAGAACCUAGAAUAAUAGAAGAAAAUGAUACUAAUCUCAGUGAUAUAGAAGAUAAUGAUGCUCGAGAUGACAUUUCAUUGCAGGAAGAUAUCAGAUCUCGAAGACGUGCAUUAUCAUCACCUCCAUCAUCAUAUACACCUUCUACUUUAAGAUCAACUACACAACGCCCGUUAUCAGUGAAACAUCGAAUGUCUUGGUCAUCACAAAUACCAGUUCCAAAUACAACUAACGUCGAAGAUUCAACCACUGAAACAUCAACAAACACACUUAAUGAAAACGAGUCAAGACUUCAACAAAUAAGUUCAACCUCAAACACAUCUACAGCAUCAUUGGAUUCAUCAUUACCAUUUCCAUAUCAACAUAUAAGAAAACGUGAUAGCUCUAGAAAGAUCAGGGCAUUAUCACAUAAUCGAAGUUAUAACAGCCAAAAUAUUAAUUCAAAUGAGAUUGCGGAACACUACCAAAAUCGUGAAAGUCAUUCUACUAUAAAUUUAAGUUCGAGUGGCAUGAAAAAUGUAAGUGCAGCAGGAAGCAUGAACGGAUCAGUUAACAGUUCCUUUUCUAAAUCUUCACAUCCUGGUGGUGUGUUAGGUUGGUUGAAAAGGAGGGUUAGUAAGGAUGGUAGUGCGUUGGGAAAACCCGGAAAAACAAAGGGUAUUAAGAAAGCAAAUUCGAAAACAGCAGUUGUAUUUUAG